AUGGGGCCGUAUCCCCGUACAAAACAGGGUCACUGUUAUAUUCUGGUGGCAACCGACUUAUUUACCCGUUGGGUGGAGGCGGUUCCACUUCGGACAUCUGAAGCACCGAAGAUUAUACGCAUUUUGGAAGAGGAGGCCUUUAGUCGAUUCGGGUACCCACGAUGGGUACUCAGCGACAAUGGGCCACAGUUUACGGGCCAUGCUUGGGCAGAAGCGAGUCGUCGGUGGGGUUGUGAGCUUUGGAUCACACCCGUAUACCACCCACGAGCCAACCCCACCGAGAGAAGAAAUCAAGAGGUCAAAAAGGGUCUCAGGCUACGUCUGCACCAGGGCAACCAGAGAACCUGGGACAGGCACCUGCCUGAUCUACUUUUCGGCCUACGAAGAAGACGGAACGCAGCCACCGGAUUGCCUCCCGGUCAUUUUCUCAUGGGUCGUACUAUUUUGCGCCCAGGAGAAUGGGAAUUAAAAGACGGUCUCGACAAUCCGGCGCCGACACAAGAAUCGCAGGAACGCGAACAAGAAGCACGUACACGACAGGCAGAAUAUCAAACUAGAUAUGCCGCUGCGCACAAUCCACCACGAUACUUUCCGGGGGAUUGGGUGUAUGCACCGAACCACCGGUUAUCAAACAAGAUCGAAGGUUAUAAUGCCAAACUAGCCCUAGCCCGAUCAUGGCCCUUCAUCACGGCACCAGCGACAACGAACGAGCGGAACGAGUCGACCCGACCGGGCGUCGAGUAG